AGAGGCACAGCAGCAGCCAGCUGCGCGAAGAGGACACAGCAGAACAGAACGGUGCAGAACGCGAGCCUGGGUGGAAAGUGCCGCGCGCAUCUAGGGGGCUCACUGAUUGACAGCUUCAAAGGAACGUAGUGCAGCGCGGCCGCACACAAGUUGAGCCCGCUAAUCUGGCCACUGCACCGCUCUUGUCAAAAGCAUCUGUGUGAAAUAACCCUCCUCAUGCAGAUCAGCUCCUAAACUAGGGCAGGCUUUAUCCCUCAUCUGUUCCGCGACGCCGCCGACCGGAGCCUCGCAAUCAUCAGUGGAUAGUGCAGGAAUCAAGUGCACCACAUAGCAAGAGAUCAGGCGAUAGGCUACUGUACUGUGGCUUUCUCCUUUUCACUCAAAACGUUUUUUUUUGCUAUUUCAUCAAUACUGAGGAUAACACCUACUUUGCACUUGCUGAAGGAUUGGAGAACGCAAAGGAGAUAUCUUUUCACAGCCAAAUUUAUUUGGAUGACAGGCUUUCCAAGUGGCAUUUUUAUUGGAUUCUCUCUUACUUGGACUUUAAUCUCAGAAUCUCUGAUUGUUAUCGGUCGUUGCCUGUCGAGGGUAACAGUAAAAAAAAAUAACAGAAGAAAACCCGAGAGGAAUCAAAGUUCAGUUCUGUAAGUACGUUACAUAUGAGCUGACUAUGUAUAGAUCCGCGCCACUCCUUCUAGAACCAUAGCCAGCCCCUGUGGUCGAGAAGUUGUUUAGCUUCUCUCUUCCUCUGUGCGCGAACACUUAGAGCUAACACCCCUUUCUAUGUAGUAGAUCGCCUGGAAAGAGACAAAAAAUAGAGCGUUCUCCUUCACCCCCGCCUUGUACCAACAGGCGGUUCUGGUCUAAAGGUUCUCCGGAGAAUGGUAAAUGACCGAUGGGGAAUCAUGAACAACACUUUGGAACUCGAAGAUGGACCACGGCAUAAAAACCAGACAUUCUGUGAGUGUGUACCCAGCUCCUCCCAGCUCAAACACCGCUGGUCAGACUCAGACACAGUCAGAGAGACCCCCUCACCCACCAAGAGGAUGAGCUGCAGCUACCUUCUGUGCACCAUCCUCCUCUUCGUAGCCGUCCUACUCGCUGUCACGGUAACCGGCACCAUCCUCUUCAUGAACCACAACCAGGCCCCACCCAUGUCCGACGGCCCUCCCCACAUCUCCACCAAUCAGGACGAGGCCAACGCCCUGGUCACUGUGGAGAGGGGCGACGGCUCACGCAUCAACAUCUUUAUUGACCCCAACUGUCCCGACUACAAUGGGAACUUCCUGCGCCUGGAGGGGGUGCAGACGUCGCUGCUCCACUCGCUGACCGACCACGACACCGACCUGAAGUCCGUCAAAGGUCAGGACCGGGCGCUGCUAGUCAACCUAGCUGAAGAGGUGGCCAAACUGUCGGCCCACGCUGGUCAGCUGAAGAUGGACUACGAGUCUCUGAGACGAGGCCAGGGGAGUCUAGGACAGGACCUGAACACACUGCAGACAGAGCAGGGACGCCUCAUACAGCUGCUGUCCGAGAGCCAGAUCAACAUGGUGAAGGUGGUGAACUCUGUGAGCGAUGCUCUCAACUCCAUGCAGAAGGAGACGGGAGGACUGAAGGCUCGUGUCAAGGCUGACCUACAGCGGGCACCGGUCAGAGGCGCUCGCCUCAAAGGCUGUGCCAACGGCUCUCGUCCUCGUGACUGUGGCGAUCUGUAUGCUAACGGGCAGAGGGAGGAUGGUAUCUACUCUGUGUUUCCCACUCACUACCCCUCCGGCUUCCAGGUCUACUGUGACAUGACCACGGAUGGAGGGGGCUGGACGGUGAUCCAGCGCAGGGAAGAUGGCUCGGUCAACUUCUUUAGAGGAUGGGACUCCUACCGCGAGGGAUUUGGCAAGAUCACUGGAGAACACUGGCUCGGGUUGAAGCAGAUCCAUGCUCUCUCCAUCCAGGGUAACUAUGAGUUGAGGAUUGACCUGGAGGACUUUGACAACAGUACAGCCUAUGCCCAGUAUGGGACCUUCGGAGUUGGCCUGUUCUCUGUGGACCCUGACGAUGAUGGAUACCCACUGACCGUUGGAGAUUACGCCGGAAACGCAGGCGAUGCUCUGCUAAAGCACAAUGGGAUGAAGUUCACCACCAAAGACAAGGACAACGACCACUCGGAGAACAACUGUGCCUCCUUCUACCACGGUGCCUGGUGGUACCGUAACUGCCACACAUCUAACCUGAAUGGACAGUACCUCCGCGGGCAGCACACCUCCUAUGCCGACGGCAUCGAGUGGUCCACCUGGACCGGCUGGCAGUACUCCCUCAAGUUCUCUGAGAUGAAGAUACGACCCACUCGCGACGAGAGCAAAUGAGAAAAUUAGGGAAUAAAAGAGAGGAAAGGAAUUUGAAAGAAGAACAUGCUCAUAUGAAUAAAUAUAAAAACCACACACUCAAAAAGACAGCUAUAGGCUGUAGUUCUUGUUCAGCUAUUGUUUACUGACUGACUAAUAUGAUGGACAUCUUUGAUUGGUUUACUACUAUUCUCUACUUUUUUCUGUGGAACCCUCAUCGCCCUCCCCUAAUCCCUCGUCGCUCGUUGCCUACUGGUGUUGUGCUGAGGCUUUUUGUGCCCCCCACCCCUAUUAUCCUUAUACUUUAUCACUAUCAUUAGGAGAUGUGAUGCCAUGGCUUUUGAGUGUUUCCUUCCUGACAACGAUCACACCGCAACACGAAAUUAGUCUGACUCACACUUUUACUUACAUCUCUCUUUCUCGCUCCAUCUUCGUGCGUCAUUUAUAUCUAGUCAUCAAUCAAUUAUCUGUCUUUUCUAUCUGAGCCUUGACCUGGACCUCUCUCCUGUGAUAGUUGCGCCCUGUAGCCAGUAGUACUAUUCCCACAGUCCUUUGCCGCGUUGUUGCCAAUCAGUGAAGCGUGGCAUUACCGUUUGACCUUAGAACAAGUGGCUGAGUCUGAACAGGAGAUGUGACAUUACAGCUAGGACACACACAAACCCCUGUCCCCUGAAGCUACAGUAUGAACAUGACACAGCAAAACUCAGUCUGUCACCCAAAGGGACCUGGCUGGAUUGGCCUCCCAGUCAGGAGACAUGCUAGAAUGGCACAACCCACAGUACCUCACCACCCACGGUACUGCUUACGCAUCCCUUUAUUACAGAUAUACUCUGUAGGAUAACAAGACAAUGGAACAGCUGUAACGGUGUAGAGGGAACGGUUGAAAUAGAAAGAGAGAGAGAGAGAGAGAGAGAGAGAGAGAGAGAGAGAGAG